AUGUCCCGGAGGAGGGUUUGCUACUGGCCGGGGCAGGCGGACCGGGCUCGGGACUGGCUGUUUCUGAACCUGGACCUCAGCGACGAGGACCUGAACGUCGCGCGCUACACCCCGACCACGGUAUGCUACGAUCCGAGGCGGGUCGCGUCCGCGACUCCCGAUGCUUGCUGCUGCUCGUACUAUCACCAGGGCCCGGACGCUUGCUGCUGCAGUUAUAGUCGACCCUGGCGCUACACGGCCCCGGUCAAGUCUGGCUUCUCCAAAAUCGAGCGCAGCAAGGACGGCUUCAAGGUUACCUUGGACGUCAAACAUUUCAAGGAAGGGGAUGUGAAAGUGAAGGUGGUUGGCAACGACGUGGUGGUUGAGGCGGAGCACGAUGAGCGUCAAGAUGAGCACGGCUACAUCUCACGCAGUCUGAAGCGCAAGUACCCGUUGCCGGAUAACGUGGAUUCUGAUAAAGUGAGGACAGAACUCUCCUCAGACGGCAUCCUCACAAUUACUGCUCCAAAGAAGACGGACCGACUCGGGCGAGGGAGUGAGCGUUUGAUUCCCAUCAUAAAAGUUAGUAGGCCUGCCCUCACAAGCAAGAAGAGUGGAGGUAAAAGGGCGACCCCUGCCUCAUCGCGGACUAACGUAGCGUCAGACAACGACGCCGGAGACGACGACGACGACGACGGCGACUCGGACUAG